UAUUGUAUAUAUACAUAUUUUUAAAAUUACAGUUGAAAACUAAGCCUAAUGUUUUGUGACUUUAGUUCAAUAUAAUAGUGGUGGAAGUUUAUGUAGAAAUGUUUCUUGCCCUGUAGUUCUCUGUUUUUUUAUUUCAAUGGUUUUGUAGUUACUAUGGUCCAAGUGGUUGCUUGAAGUCAGACUGAAAGAUGAAUAGCUGAGGCUUUUUACAGGAGGAUCUCUACAGAGGUUUUUGUUGAAGCGGUCAAUGACAUCUUACAACCAGAUGGCUUAUGCAUUCUGGAAAGACAUGAAAAAGUUGUUAAGUAAGAUCAUUCUGUAAUAAGUGAUUUUAUAAGUGUUGAAAGGGCUGAUAUGCUAUCUCUGCUUAUAUUUCCACCUAUAAAAAAAGUAAUUCCUAGCACUACAGAAAUACCUAAUACAUACUGGGUAAUAACGUUAUCCUUUCAUUUAGUGCUGUUGGCAAUUAUUAAUAAAUAAAUAAUCAUACAAUAUAAUAUAAUAAUUACAUAGGUGAGACUGAAAUAUGAGUGCUCCCUUAAAUCUGUCUUUAUUGUAUUUACUUAGUUUAGCUAGACCUGCAAAGAUCUAGCUUUUUCAUUCAUUUAACCACUACUAUAUAUCAACAAGGAUCAGCAAACUAGACUUGAAGGGUUGGAUUGUAGAAUUUGGUGAGGUGCAAAAUUUCAACACAACCCACAAACUGCUUGAAUAAAAAUCAAAAAUCGCUAGUGAUUCAAAACUAGUGUGUCAGUCUUACAAAUAAAUAUGUAAACUACUGAACCGAAUAUCAUGGGUGCAGUCUGUAAAUGAAAAACUGUAGUACUCUUAACUGUUUCUUAAAUAUAUUUUGCCUAAAAUGCUUUCAAGGAAAUCUGGUUGCAAUGUUUAAACCUUUGAGCAAUUCAUAAAAAUUAAAAUGUUAAAAUGAGAGUUACAUUAAAGAUGUGCAUUAUGCAUGUUUAUAAUACUAAUUUAAGUUAGAAUUUCACAUGAGAAAUAGAAAUAUUAACAUUUUAGGAGACUUUCAGUUCUUAGGUGAGACACAGUAAUAAGGUGUAAACCCUAGUCAUGGAGAUUCAAGUUCUCAACAGCUAGGCAGUACAGACACUGUAAAACAUAUUCAUUUUCAUAUUGGAUUCUCAUGAUCACAAGCUGGGAACCUGAAUGGAUCUGCUUCAUAAUUUUAUUUGAUUUCCUUCUGUGGAUUAAAAGAUAUUCAGUCUACCUGGUGACAAUGAUUUUUCAGAAUAUCAAUUAAAAAAGGACCAUUGGCCACUGAAAUGGCAAGUAGGAUAUUUUCUUCUGUUCUCUUGUUUGUGCAAAGCGAUCACUGCUCAGCUUCACUAUUCAAUUUUGAAGAGGCAAAGGAAGGCUUCUUGGUAGGCAAUACUGCAAAGGAUCUGGGUUUAAGUAUUCAGGAUCUAGCAAAGAGAAAUUUCCACAUUUCCUCUGUUACUGCAGAGCAUUUCUUUAAUGUGAAUUUAAAGAAUGGGAACCUGUAUGUAUCAGAGAGAAUAGGCAGAGAGUCCGUUUGUGAAAUUACUAUUUGAAUAUUUUUCAUGUAGAAAUUGAAAUUCAAGAUAUAAAUGAUAAUUCUCCAACAUUUUUGAAAGAUAAGAUUAAUUUGGAAAUUACAGAACUGACCCAUCCUGGAUGCGGUGGAUCCUGAUAUUGAAAUGAAUUCUCUGCAAGCUUACAAUAUCAGUAAAAAUGAAUAUUUUGCAUUAAAUGUGAAAACCAGCAGUGAUGGAAGAAAGAUCCCAGAACUAGUCUUAGAAAAACCUUUAGACAGAGAAAAACAAUCUGCUCUUCAAAUUGUUUUAACGGCUUUAGAUGGUGGUAUCCUUGCUAGAACAGGUAUAUCAGUGAUUAAAAUAGUUAUAAGUGAUAUCAAUAACAAUGCCCCAUUAUUUUCCAAAGAGCUGUACCAAGUACGCUUGCCUGAAAGUGCACCAGUGAACACACUUGUUAUUCACAUAAAUGACACUGAUGCAGAUGAAGGUGUAAAUGGUCAUAUCACAUAUUACUUCAGCCGCAUCACAAAAGCUGCUCAGCAAAAAUUCACUAUUGAUUCUCAAACAGGUGAAAUAAGGACAAAAGGGACACUAGAUUUUGAGAUAACAAAGGCCUAUGAAUUGAUUGUGGAAGCACAGGAUGGGGGUGGCCUGUUUUCCAAUGCUAAAGUGGUUAUUCAGAUUGUAGAUUCAAAUGACAACGCUCCAGAGAUCAUUCUGACAUCAGUGUCUAACUCCAUUCCUGAGGAUUCGGUACCUGGCACAUUAAUUGCACUGAUUCAUAUUCAAGAUAAAGACUCUGGUGAAAACAGUUAUGUCUACUGUCAACUUAUAGAUCCUUUGCCUUUUGAAAUAAUUUCCUCAUCUAGCAACUAUUUCAAACUUCUCAAUACAAGUUCCUUGGACAGAGAAGAAAUGCAUGAAUAUAAUAUUACUAUUAAGGCUUCAGAUACAGGAUCCCCUCCACUGUCCACCACCAAAACAAUUGAACUUGUGUUAUUAGAUGUAAAUGACAAUCCACCAGUUUUUGACCAAGCCAUUGUAUUGUAUAUAUUCAAAAAAAACAAUCGAUCAGGUUCUUCUGUAUUCCAAGUGCAAGCCUCUGAUCCAGAUCUAGACAAUAAUGCAAAAAUAACUUAUUUAGUUGUUAAUACAAAUACAGAUAGUUUUCCUGUAUCUUCAUAUAUUUCAAUUAAUUCCACGAUGGGGGUGCUUUAUGCACAGCGGCCAAGUCUAAUUAAUUUAAUAAUUUUAUAACACUUAUGCACUUUGAGCAGUGGAUCAAUUGUAAAGGAGUUAUUUAAUCAUCAUCAUCAUCAUUUAUUUAUAUAGCGCUGUCAAGAUACGCAGUGCUUUACUGCAGUUAUAGC